UAAGAAUCAUAUGGUAGGAAAAUGAGUAGGAGUAGCCAGGAACGACGGCAAUGAGGUAAUUAACAAAAAGUAUGCUAGCAAUGUUCCUGUCCUUUCUUCAUAAGAAAUAAAGUUUCAGGAUUUAUUAUGAAUUUACGAUGUGUUGUGAAUUAGUCAACAAUACUUGUUGAAUUAAGUUCAUGCAUAAUUAUGGCGAGUCGAAGGCUCGGUUAUGAACGUGUAGACUUCUAUAGAGGGGAUGAGCCUUCUACAUCGGGAGCAAUAAAUGAAGAUUUUAAUGACUUGACAGAUCUAGCCGGUGACUAUCGCGAGAAUGAGCGGUCUAACUCAGAUGAAGUAGACGAUAAUCCAGAUCAAAACUUCACAUACGAUGAUUUUGAUACAAUUGAUUGGACUAGAGAUAGACAGCAGGACCGAAUUCGAAUUCGUAGGAUGAAAAAAUUAGAAAGUGGAACGCUUAUUGAAAGACUGAUGGAAGCUCACGAUGCUUUAUCUGGUUGGUUAGUAGUUUUGUUAGUUGGUUUAAGUUGUGGUCUUUUUGCUGGUAUUAUUGAUAUUGGUGCUGACUGGAUGUUUGACUUAAAAGAAGGAAUAUGUGUUGGUGAAAUAUGGUUGAACAAAGAAUCAUGCUGUUGGGCAGAUAAUUCUUCAUUAACCAUACAUGAUGGUUGCUUACAGUGGAAGAAAUGGUCAGAGAUUUUCAAAGCAAGUAGUUCAGCUGGUUCCUAUGCAUCAAACUGCUUUAUGUUUACAUUCUUUGGUCUUUUAUUUGCAUUUCUUUGUGUAACCCUUGUUCAUACAUUUGCUCCAUAUGCUUGUGGUAGUGGAAUUCCUGAGAUUAAAACAAUGCUUGGGGGUUUUAUAAUCCAUGGUUACUUUGGUCUAUGGACUUUGAUUGUUAAAUCUCUUGGCAUGAUGUUGGCUGUAGCUGCAGGCCUAAGUCUUGGCAAGGAAGGUCCAUUGGUUCAUGUUGCAUGCUGUUGUGGAAAUGUAUUUGCUAAACUUUUUCCAAAGUAUAAAAAAAAUGAAGCCAAGAAAAGAGAGGUUUUAUCAGCAGCAUCAGCAGCUGGAGUUUCUGUUGCAUUUGGAGCACCAAUUGGAGGAGUUCUGUUUAGUCUAGAAGAGGUGAGCUACUAUUUUCCAAUGAAAACAUUAUGGAGGUCAUUUUUCUGCGCAAUGGUGGCUGCAGUAACCUUGAAGUAUAUGAAUCCUUAUGGAACAGGAAGACUUGUUUUGUUUUAUGUACAAUACAACACUCCAUGGAAAGUCUUUGAACUUGUUCCUUUUGCUUUGCUUGGUGUGUUUGGGGGUCUUUUUGGCGUAUUUUUUAACAAACUUAAUUUAUGGUGGUGCAGAUUGCGAAAGACUUCAGUUUUAGGAAGAUAUCCGGUGAUUGAGGUUUUAGUGGUUACUUUGAUCACAGCGUUGAUAGCAUAUCCAAAUCCAUUCACUCGACAGAACACGAGUCUUCUUAUUAAAGAUUUAUUUCAGCAAUGUGAACCUGAUGAUCUUGGUGAUUUGUGUGAUUACAAAGUCAACGCAACUAUUAAUGUAAACAACCGUCAUUACCCUGCUGCUGAAGCUGGAGACGGUGUUAUUAAAUCAAUUUGGCUACUUCUGUUAGCCAUGUUAUUCAAAGCUGUUAUUACAGUUUUUACCUUCGGUAUUAAGGUUCCAGCAGGUUUGUUUAUACCAUCAAUGGCAGUAGGAGCGUGUAUUGGACGUAUUACUGGUAUAGGAAUGGAGCAACUUGUUCUUAAUUAUCCAAAGUUUAGCAUAUUCAAGAUAUCAUGUAGUAACAUUGUUGGCGCAUGUGUGCAACCAGGUUUAUAUGCUAUGGUCGGUGCUGCUGCAGCGCUUGGAGGAGUAACGAGGAUGACAGUAUCUUUGGUCGUGAUUAUGUUUGAAUUGACAGGGGGGUUGUUUUACAUUGUUCCCAUGAUGCUUGCUGUUGUUAUGAGCAAAUGGGUGGCAGACGCAUUCGGUAAAGGUGGAAUUUAUGAUGGACAUAUUCAGCUCAACAUGUAUCCAUUUCUUGAUAAUAAAGAAGAGUUUGCUCACACAACUUUAGCUGAAGAUGUUGCUCAACCGAAAAAACACGAAGCCGGUAUAAGUUGUGUGACUAAAGACAGUUCAACAAUAGAACAGCUGGAAAUUCUGUUGGAGGAAACAUAUUUUAAAGGAUUUCCUGUUGUGGAUGACAUGGAAUAUAUGCGAUUGUAUGGUUAUGUCAGACGAAAAGAGCUAAAGACGGCAUUAGAGACCGCUCGUUCUAAGAAUAAUGAGGUCGUCUCAAUAUCAAUUGGCUAUUUUACUAAGCACGCUCCACAAAGUGCGAUAUCUGACCCGCCUCCUGUUAAUCUCAGAUCAACGUUAGAUGAGAGUCCUCUUCAGGUUACAUGUUCAACGCCCAUGGAAGUUGUUGUUGAAAUGUUUCGUAAAUUGGGUUUACGUCAAGUGUUGGUCACCAGUAACGGGCGUUUAACUGGCAUAAUUACAAAGAAAGAUGUCCUAAAACAUGUGCAAGUCAUGGAGAGGAAGAGAGCUAAUAUUGUAAGAUAUGGAACGCUGUAGCUGUUUAAUUGCGUCAGUUUCAUAUCUUUUGUUUAAUCAUUUUCAAUUCAUUUAUAACAUUUACACCUCUUCAUGUAGAUAGGUCUCUGGCAAUUGUGCCACUUUAACUACAUUUUAAUUUUGUUAUGAGAAGUUUUACUGCGAUACAAUGCCCAGUAUUCAAUUUGUUUUGUUUGUUAAAAUUAUAUAUGUGUAAUAUAUGAAAGAUUAAUAGUUAUUUCUGUAUUUGUGUUAUACAAAUCUUAUGACAUAAUAUGGCAGUAAUCUUCUAACUUUUUUAAGUGAAAAAUGAUUACUCAAUAACAUCCAUGUAGAUAAUUGUACUGUAAUUCACAUAAGCUGUGAUAGUUAUAAAUAAAUAACAAGAUGAUAA